AUGCCUCCUUCACGAUUUGGGCAUGCUCCGGGACACAGGCGAGGCCAAGCAGGAUCUGUCCGUAUUCAUGCCUGCGGUGUCGCUGCCACGUUAUGCGUGAUCAAGAGACUCAGACUGGCUGGAGAUGGUCCCCGAAACCGACACAGUCUGAUGGUAGCAGCAUCAUGCAGCACUGGAGACCCCGGUGACGCCAAUCAGAACUUGUGUGGGAUACCUGAGCUGCCAAAUCGCGCCGAGUUCAUUCAGAAGCACGUCCAUCGAUCGCUUCACUCCGAGAUAUACCACUUGUCCGACGUGGAGCUGUAUAUAGUUGGUAAUCACCCCUUUGCGGAGCAGUCCACGCUGAUAGACCGCCUCAAAGGUUCGGAAGCCUCGGGGACCCGUUGCUUCUCCAUGCGUCGCGAGCGGUUUAUUCAAGAGAAGAUCUGCGAUGACAUUCGGAAGUCGGUGAGCUCCUUCUCCGACCAAGAGCUCUUGGAACUGGGCCGCGAGGAACAAGCUAGCAAGCAGAUGAUUGACUUUUGGCACAUGGAGCAACGAGACAGCCGCCCGGUCACUGUUGCUUUAGGUCGGAACAAGACAUCUCGAGACCGGUACAUUGAGAAGCGCAUUCACAGCGAUUUACGGGAUCAGCUGUCAGCUCUCAGUGAUGGGGCCCUCUUUGUGCUUGGCUCGCCGAUCAUCGGUCGCCAGAGUCAACCAGAUCGCCUUGCAGCGAUUACAAGAACUGAUAAAAUCCUGCCAUGUUCCCGAUCUUCGUGGCUGUCCCGCGUCAGUAAAGAUCCAGAGGUGAAGCAGAAGCUGACAGAGCUGGGAAAGCUCGCAGACUUCGAGGUCUUCCACUUGGGUCGCGGAAGGAAGGAAAGCAUUAACAAAUACAGGGAGCGACUCAAUGCACAGAAAGCCACGAGCGUAAAUGCAUCUGCAGAUACAGAUCAGGAGAAGCCUCAUCGAACUGUUCAAGAUGGCUCCAUCUUGGCUGGCAUUCAGGAUGCUCUUCUGGAGGAGGGCGACGAGGCACGGGAGGAGGAGGAUGGGCCCGUCGUGAUAGCAGUGCAAGAGGAUGUUCAACAAAGGCUGACCGACAAAUGGGCGAAAUCCCUUCAGGGUAGUGUUGUCGGAGUUGCAGUCUCUGGUCAGCUACUGCGAGAUGGUUACUUCAAGUACAUCGCCAUCUGUGCAGAUUCGGAUGUGGAGCCUCUUGUGGUGGACGUCGAAUCGCUGUCGGAGAAAUGUCCGACAGAGACCCUCUUCAGCGAGCUGCUACGUCCACUCAAAGAGGUUUUGGAGAGCCAGAACAUUGUGAAGGUUUGUCACGAUUGCCGUCCGCUGGCUGAUCUGCUCUUGGAAUACAAGGUGCAGCUGGAGGCUUGCUUCGACACCGUGGAGGCCUGGGAGCGUCUUCAAGCGAAGGAGCAGCGACCCGUGCAGCUCGAGGAGAUGGCACGCACAUAUAGCCACGAGCUGGAAAAUGCGCUCCGAGAACGAGCAGUGCUGCAAAAGCCCAAAACUCCGAGGGUCUUUGACAUCAUGGUGCCUGAGGCCGGCGGCUCGUCUUCCGAGGCUGACUCUGCCUGGAGACCGGAGCUUCUUGCAGAGGUUGCAGAAGCACUCGUCAACAUUUCAGAGGAGAUGUCCGGAGCCCUGGGGAACCAAGCCAGUCGAUUUCGAAAUGCUUGCCAAGCACGUCUGGAGGAGUUUCGGUCCUGGCCGGGACAGCACGUGGGCGCUUAUCCCGCAGGCUGCGAGCUCCAAUUCCACUUCAUCGACGGGAAGCUGUGCAUUGGCAGUGCAGACCAGAACGAGGCUGACGAGAACACCGGCUCCAGGGACAACGACGAAGAGUUCGAGAAACUCAUCACCUUGCUGCCUGAAAGUCCGCUGAAAAACGUGCGCGAAUUCAUCAAUGGAUUGGAGGGGAGCAGCAACGUUGUGGAGAUCGUCUUGAGCGUGGGGCGCGACAUCGAGAUUCGCUGGCGUUCGGUCCUUGAAGGAGGCUUACGGAAAGCUGCGAUUGCCGACACCCUGAUUUCCCGCAAGCAUAUUCACAAGAUCGUUUGUGACCGAAUCGGAGAGGACCGCUUCAAUCGGCAAGAUCGGGCAGGCAUCGAUCGCACUCUGCACAGAAUCUCUGUAACUCGCAAUGAGAACGGGGAUCCGGUCACCAUCACCAUGAGAGUGGGAAGGUCCUCGCGCAUGCUUGCUUCCGUGAUCGAGGACAUCAUCGCUGACGGAAGCUCUUUCUUGCUCUUGGGCCCACCGGGGGUUGGCAAGACGACCCUGCUGCGUGCAUGCGCAGGAGACCUGUCGAAGGACCAGGUGGUCGUGAUUGUGGAUCCCAGUGGGGAGAUCGCUGGCUCCGGGGACACCUGCCAUCCAGCUGUGGGAGAAGCUUGGAAAGAUGCCGCGCACUCCGCAGAGCGGGUCGAUCGAAGUGAGGCUCGACGCUUGGCCAUGGGCCGCGCCCUAGAAAACAUGGGGCCCCAAGUCAUCGUCGUGGAUGAAAUCGGCACUUUGGGGGAAGCCAGGGCUGCCCGCACCAUCGGAGAGCGUGGGGUGCAGCUUGUCGCAACUGCACAUGGCAGGACCCUGCGUGACCUCAUCGCCAAUUCCGAGCUCAGAGAUCUCAUCGGCGGCCUCAAAUCAGCAAUCCUUGGCGAUAACAACGAGCGAUACCAGUCAGAAGGACGAAAGAACAUCACCGAGCGGGGUGGCAAGCCCGUGUUCAAGAGGCUAGUGGAAAUCCGGAGCCCGAAUUGCCUUGUCAUUCAUCACGACUUGGCCUAUGCCGUCGACAAAUUGCUGGAGAAAGGCAAGCUGUUGGUGGAAGAGCGCACUUUGAACACAUCGGGCGAGAUGAUGGUCAAAGUUCGCAACUUCUGA